AUGGAUUUCCUCAAGAAAGCAGCAGCCAGCGCCGGCGGAAGCGGUAACAACAACGACAACCAGCAGCAACAACAACAGGGCCAGCAGCAGGGUCAAGKUCAACAGGAGAACAAGCCCGAUUACCUCGACAAGGCAUUCGACACCAUCACCAAGAAGUCUGGCCAUGACCUCGCACCUGGCACCGACGAGAAGAUCACCGAUGGCUUGCGUGGUGCUUAUGAGAAGUACUCGGGCAAGAAGGUCGACCCGAAAUACUCCAACUAG